GCUGAACGUCGUCUCUGUUUCCUUGCAGGCGUCUUUCCCAGGGAACCUACACUUAGUGAUGGUUCUUCGUCCCACGGGGUUCUUCCAGCGCACCUUCACCGACAUCGGAUUUCGGUUCAGUCAGGAGGAUUUUCUGCUCAAGUUGCCGGUUGUGAUGCUGAGCUCGGUCAGCGACCUCCUGACGUACAUCGAUGAGCAGCAAUUAACCCCGGAGUUCGGAGGCACCCUGGAGUACUGCCACAGCGAGUGGGUCAUCUUCAGGACUGCAAUAGAGAGUUUUGCACUAACCGUGAAGGAAAUUGCACAGAUGUUACAGUCCUUUGGCACGGAGCUGGCAGAGACCGAGCUACCGGACGACAUGUACUCGAUUGAGCGCAUCCUGGCCCUGCGCACGGAGAAGUACUACCAGCUCAAGGAAGAUAUUACAGCAGUCACGAAAGAGGGAAACUUGCUUCUGAGCAGUUUUGAAGAGCCUGACUCCGGGGAAUGCAAUCAGGACCAGCACCGCGAGAGGCCUGGGGACUGGGAGACCGUGAAUCGGUUACUUGGUCAGCUGCGUGAGAUGGAGACUGCUUUUGAUGGCUUCUGGGAAAAACAUCAGCUAAAAAUGGAGCAAUAUUUACAACUGUGGAAGUUUGAGCAAAGUUUUCAAGAGGUCAAGAAUGCCAUUGAAUUUUUAAUGGGUCAGCAAGCAGAGGUGCCCGACACUGGUGACAGUGCCCCCCAAGUAAAGCAGAGGCUCAAGGACUUGGGUCAUUUCGAUGGUAUGGCUCAGGAUCUGAUAGGGAAGGCUCAGGUGGUGAUACUACACGGACACCAGCUAGCAGCAAAUCAUCACUACGCCCUCAACUUAAUCUGCCAGCAAUGCAAUGAGCUGCGGCACCAUUCUGAUGUCUUGUCUGAUGAGAUCAAAAGGAAGCAGAUGCGACUGCAGAAGACCUUGGAUCUUCAUACCCGCCUUCAGCAGGCUCUGCAGUGCUGUGACGAAGGUGCCUACCUGCUCGCCAACCAGCAAAUGGAUAAGUGCCAGUCUAAGGAAGGCGCUCAGAAAGCUCUCCAGGACAUAGAAAGAUUUCUUGAAAGCUCUUCAGCCUACUUAAACUACGAUCCCCAAGCCCUGCACUACGAUUUUGAGUCCGUCUUAACAUCUGAACUGAAGUGCCAGAUACAGUCAGUGCAAGUCAAGCUUGAAAAUGUCCGAAGCAUGUUUGAGAACCGGCAGUCUUGCUUCAAGAAGCUCUUGGAUAAACAUGUGCGGCCUGUCCAGUUAGUAGCCCCUCGGCCAGAAAAUCCACCGAGAUCAAAAUCACCAUUAUUCUCUCCUAAACAUG